AGCCAUGGCUAUCCUGUUUGCUGUGGUGGCCAGGGGCACCACCAUCCUUGCCAAACAUGCCUGGUGUGGAGGAAACUUCCUGGAGGUGACAGAGCAGAUCCUGGCCAAAAUCCCAUCGGAAAACAACAAACUGACCUAUUCCCAUGGGAAUUACCUGUUCCAUUACAUCUGCCAAGACAGAAUUAUAUACCUCUGCAUCACAGAUGAUGACUUUGAACGGUCCAGAGCCUUCAGCUUCCUGAAUGAAAUCAAGAAGAGGUUCCAGACCACGUAUGGCUCCAGAGCACAGACAGCCCUUCCCUAUGCAAUGAACAGCGAGUUCUCCAGUGUCUUGGCUGCCCAGCUGAAACACCACUCAGAGAGCAGGGGCCCUGACCAGGUGGCAGAGACACAAGCUCAAAUUGAUGAACUUAAAGGAAUCAUGGUUCGAAACAUAGACCUUGUGGCACAAAGAGGAGAGAAGCUGGAGCUGCUGAUCGAUAAAACAGAGAAUCUUGUGGAUUCAUCAGUCACUUUCAAAACCACCAGCAGGAACCUCGCCAGAGCCAUGUGCAUGAAGAACCUCAAGCUGACCAUCGUCAUCAUCAUCGUCUCCAUAGUCAUCAUCUAUAUCAUCCUCUCAUUAGCCUGUGGUGGGCUGGCCUGGCCAGGCUGUGUGCAGAAGUAACUGAGGCAGCUGGUGCUGGUCACUGGGAGAUGGGAAUCACCAGAGUGUGAAGAAGCAACCUACAGAGUAACUCCCAGUCGGUCACUACUGACACCUUCUCAUCCUUCCAUCCCUCUAGGACUUCAGAUGUUUGCCUUAUCACCCCAAACAGGCCCAGCUGGUCCCUGCUUCUGGACAGCUUAACCUCAAGGAUGGGCUGUUUGAAAUUACUUG